AUGGCUAAUGGUAUUGUAAAUUCAAAAAAAGGAUUGACGAUAGCCCUAUGGAUUCAUGUUUUAGCUACAUUGUCUACUGUGUCAGGUAAUCCCAAAGCGAAUAUGAUAUCCAAGAAGCAGCACAUAGUGUUGCAUAUUAGCAGUUUGGCAUAUAAUAUUGCUAGAAAAACUGUGCAGAUUUUUCUCUUAGAUAUAGUAGUUGAGCUUGAACGAAGCGAGAAUGUAGGAUGUGGAACUUAUGGGUUUGAUGUGAGACGCCAUAUUCCUGAUAGUGAAAUUAAGGAUUUAUCCGAAGAUGACGAAAUGAUUGGUCAUAAAAAUGAAACUGUUUCCAUUGUAAAAAAUGGUCAAACAAAAGGAACUCGACAGUACCAUGCCGUGGCAGGUGGGAGAGUUACUAUGCCUUGUAAUAUAUCUGCUCCAACGCCGGAAGAUGUAGUGACUUUAAUCUUGUGGUACAAAGGAGAUAUCAAGGUGCCUAUUUAUACGUUAGAUGCCAGAAAAGGUCCAAUAGAGAAAUCAAAACACUUCCCAAGCUCAAAACUGGGGAGGCGGGUACAUUUUGAUUUACAUGUCAAAACACCUGGAUUGUCCAUAGAUCCUGUAAAAGCAGAAGACGAAGGAUUUUAUAAGUGCAGAGUGGAAUAUAAGAGAUAUAGAACACUUAGCUACACAUACGAUCUCAAAGUAAUUGUGCCACCCCGAGAAGUGAUAAUAAUGGAUGAAUGGGGACAAAGAAUAGAAGAGACUGUCGGUCCAGUAGAUGAAGGCUCUAAUGUGACAUUAAUUUGUGAAGCAGAAGGGGGAUCUCCUUCCCCUGCUGUGACAUGGUGGCGAGACUCCAUUCUUCUGGAUGACACUUUCUUUAUCACCACUCAAGGAUAUGUCAGGAACGAGAUGACACUGACGCGUCUUCGAAGAAGCGAUUUGAUGGCUUUCCUCUCCUGCCAAGCUAGCAACAAUAAUCUAACCGUUCCGACAUCCAAUUCAGUGUCUUUGGAUCUCAACUUAAAACCUUUAGAUGUUCGAAUCAUAAGCCCGCCUCACCAUCUAUCGGCUGGAACAACUGUCAUGCUGGAGUGUGAAUCGACUGGAUCAAGACCUGGAGCACUUAUAACGUGGUGGAAAGGCAGUCAAAAAAUUCAGACAGGAAACGAAAUUAUAUCAGAUAACGGAAAUCUUACCCUUAGCACCUAUACUUUUGUUCCCACUGCUGAUGAUCAUGGUAAAAAGUUCACCUGCACAGCUGAAAAUCCUUCUUUACCGCAUAGCACUAUCGAUGAAACAAAAACAAUAACCGUUCACUAUCUCCCUGAGUUGCGGCUAGCAUUGGGAGCCAGUAUUCAGUACACUGCUAUCAAAGAAGGCAGUGACGUCUACUUCGAUUGCAAUAUCCGAGCUAAUCCUUGGGUUCACGAUGUUAGUUGGAGAUUCCAAAACAAGAUCCUCUUCAGCAACACAUCAGCGGGUGUGAUAGUUAGCAAUCAGUCUUUGGUUCUGCAGAGGGUAAAGAAGGAGCACAGGGGGAUGUAUCAAUGUGUGGCUGUUAACUCUGAAGGCGAGGGUCGAAGUGAAGAAGUGCUUUUGGACGUUCAAUAUUCACCAGUUUGUAAAACAAAACCUGGAAUAGUUUUGGGAGUGGCUAGGUACGAAACUGUGAACGUCACUUGUGAUGUUGAUGCCGACCCAAAAGAUGUGAGAUUUAAAUGGACAUUGAAUAAUACACUUGAAAACGCGGAUCUACAAGAUUUUAUUUCAGAAGCCACUAGCAGCACUGUAUUUUAUACACCAAGGGCCAUGCUCGGAUACGGGGUUUUGCUUUGUUUCGGGUCGAAUGAUGUAGGAAGACAAAAGGAGCCUUGCGUAUUUAGAAUUGUUCCAGUGGGUCCUCCCGCGGCCAUGAGAAAUUGCAUGGUUACGAACCAAACGAUUGAUUCUCUAUUGGUUCAGUGCGAACAAGGCCACGACGGUGGCCUAGCACAAACCUUUCACUUGGAAAUAUACGCAUCAACGGAUGAAAACCUAAGUGCCAAUAUUACUUCCUUAGAGAGCCCCAUAUUCCUCGUUCCCAAUUUACGAAUGGCCACCUCCUACAUCCUCGUGCUAUAUGCGGCAAAUGCAAAGGGCAAGAGCAAUUCAGUUGCAAUUGUUGCUUCAACACUUUUCCCGGCCGAGAGGAGAACAGCUGAAGAAGGAGAUGCAGACAUUGCUCCAAUGAUUGGAAUUUUAGUUGGAGUAGCGAUCACAUUAAUACUAUUAUGCAUUAUUAUAAUAGUGGCAGUACGAAUGAAAUCCCAGCGGAAGGAUAAAGAUGCAGAAGAAACCAAACAAGUAAAGUCUGAAAUGCCACUUCAAAACUACAAAGAUGAUUCGUUAGAUUCGACGAUUGAAAGCCCUGAUGUUAUUCCUUCUGAUAGCCAAGUUUACAUUGCAGAUGCUAACAGCAUACAUCUAGAAUGUACGAGGAGAAUGAAUGAUGAAAUGUAUAAAAUGCUAAAAAAGAAACAGGGACAGUAUGACAAUUUGAUUCCACUUUCCGAUACAGGACAUACAGAAAUUACAGAAGAAAAUUCAUUCACCGAUCUAGGUGUUACCUAUCACAGACGGUCUGUUCCUCUGCAUAUGGAGCCCCCAGCUGCGUAUGCAGACGUGUACAGGCGUGGUACCAGGACCCAAGUUUUGCCUAUGCCUGUCAGUGAUGCCUUAGACAAGCAUGCAUUAGUGGGACCUGAGCUAUCACUAAUUGGCAGUGUUGAAACGUCUACAAUGGAAAACGUCAUUCACUGGCCAGAGACGGAAAUUGAUGGACGAAUUAUGACUCAAAGUCAUAAAAUUUGUCAUGAUGAAUCUACUACAUAA